AUGGCGCAGAACUUCGCCGCGUCCAAGAAACGGCGGCGCGAGCCCGUCCAAGUUGAUACCAAGUUGGUUGAGAUAUACGAGGAUCUCGCUAGCGAAAAAGACGAGAUCAGACUCAAGGCUGCCCAGGCUCUGAUUUCUCAGUUUACUCCCGACAAGAACCCUACAGAUGAACAGAUUCAAAAGGCCUUGCAGAGGCUGUUCCGUGGUCUUUGCAGUAGCCGCAAGGCCGCGAGAAUUGGGUUUUCUGUUGCCUUGACUGAGCUUCUGACUCAGGUGUUUGCGUCGCCUAGAGAGUCUGCUGGACUUGGAAUUUCAAAUGUUCUGGCUAUCUGGGAGUCGCAGUCUAAUGCUACCGGCGGCGAGUCGGGUCAGGAACAAAGAGACCACCACUUUGGACGUCUCUUCGGAGCUGAAGCCAUCAUCAAAUCAUCGAUCCUCUUCAAGUCCAAGGCCACCUUCACAGAGUGGACAAAGGUCUUGGAUCUGCUCUUUGAACUGGCCCAGAAGAAGCCAUGGAUCAGAGAAGAGUGCGGAUGGAUUCUCUACCGCUGUGUCUACGACCUCUCUUCCCAGAAGGCCGAUGCAAAAUUCGUGGAGGCAGUUAUUGAGCGUUUGUGCUCGAGUGGUCUUGCUCAGACGCCCGAGGGUGUUUCCAUCUGGCUUGCAACCAAGGACUUGUUCCCCAAAGCAAGCCUCCCUAGCAAGGUUUGGAAGCACGAUGACCCGUUUGAUACGAAAGAGCGUAACCAGCUCGCCAAGGUCAUGAAGGAGUCUUCUACUGCCGAUUCGGAGGGAGGCAACAAGUCUUCUGGAGUGUGGAAUUCCAAGCUUCACUUUGCUUGGGAUGCUGUUGUCUGUAGACUUAGUGAAGGGUCAAAGGAAAAGUCUAAAUCUAAAAGCUCGUCUCGAAUUGGUUUUGCCGACUUUUGGACGGAAGUUGUGGACAAUGGGCUCUUUGCUGCCGCUUCAUCUGAUGAGCGCAAAUACUGGGGCUUCCUUCUUUUCGUCAAGGUUCUCAACGAGAGCCCCCUGCAGCAGGCUUCUCGCAUCUUUACAAAGAACCUCGUGAGAUGUCUUACAAACCAACUCGCCGUGGAGGAUAGAUACCUGCACAAGAUGGCCGUUAAAGCUGCCAAAACCAUCCAGACCCGUGUGUCCAAAGAGCCCGAAUUUGCCGCAGCUUCUGUUAUCGGCCUGAUGGGCUCUGUAGGAUCUGUCAACUUCGACCAAGUCACCAAGACAAAGACGAUCGAAAAGAUUGUGGUAGAGGCCAACGUGGAUGCAUUGAAGCAGAUUGUGCCAAUGUUCGAGAAGCUCAUUGCAAACCCAGGCGCAAGCGAUCCGAAAGGCGCAGCAUCCAGUCGUCUAUUCCUGGCUGGUCUGCUCCUUUCCAUCGUUCGGUCACGAAGCUCAGCUAGCAAUGCCGAGGAUGGCAUCGAGGCUGUCCUCGAGCACAUCUUGCUUAUCUUUGUGCGAUUUGCCUAUUUCAUGGACAAUGGCAGCGACGUGACUCAACAAACACAGGAGCUCUUCCGGAGCAGGAUCAACUCCUCUCUGAACAGCCUUAUCGCGACCCAAAGGUACGCGGCUACCAUUCCGUACACCGUCGUUCGCAAGAUCCGUGAUGCAGCCAAAUCAGAGGAGUAUGGUAGAUUCAUCAUCAACAUGGAUGAUACACUUGGCGAAUCUGUCAAGACCGCAUUCAAGUCGUUGAAGAAGCUGUCAAACAUGGAGAAAAAGGAAGAAAAGGGCGCCAUCGAAGCAUUCAAGCUCCUCUACUCCAUGACCAUCCUCCAAGUAUACAACGGCGACGCCGACGCCGUCUCCAUGCUGGAUGAACUCGACUUUUGCUACACCAAGUUCCUGGGUGACAAGAAGUCCAAAAAGGACGAGAAAUCCGAUGCUUCUGAUGCGCUGGUCGAAAUCUUGCUCAGUUUCGCCUCUAAGCCCUCGCAGCUUUUCCGUCGCAUGAGUGAGCAGGUUUUCGGUGCUUUUGCUGAUAAGGUCACUGAGAAUGGCUUGGAGUCUUUCAUUUCUAUUCUGGAAGCGAAGGAGAGUCUUGCUGGUCAGCAGGAGAUGUUUGACCAGCAGGAUGAUGAAGAUGGAGACGCAGAGAUGAUGGAUGUCGACGAGGAUGAUAGCGAUGUCGAAGUCGUCGAAGCCGAAGACCAAGAAAGCGACGACGACAACGACUCAGACUCAGACGACGAAGAAGAAGACAACGCCAACGACGCUGAAGACGCCAUAUUCGAAGCCAAACUCGCCGAAGCCCUUGGCUCCCACCGAGCGGACCAAAACCUCGACGAAAAAACCGACGACUCCGACUCCGACGGCGAAGACAUGAACGACGACGACAUGGAGCAAGUCGACCAGCAACUCGCCAAGGUCUUCAAAGCCCGCCGCGACGCACUCUCCCAAAAGAAAGACAAAAAAGACGCCAAAGAAACCAUGGUCAACUUCAAGAACCGCGUCCUCGACCUGCUCGAAAUCUACGUGAAAAAAUGCCACUCCAACAUCCUCGCCCUCGACCUCAUCCUCCCCUUGCUCAGACUCACCCGCAAGUCCACCGUCAAGCAAAUCUCCUCCAAGACUAGUUCCGUCCUCCGCGAAUACACCAAGCUCUGUAAGGGCUCUGCGGUCCCGGAGCUUGACGAGGAGACUGUCGGGCCGGUCUGGGAGCUCCUCAAGUCUAUCCAUAAGGAGGCUACGCAUAGUGGUACGCCCACUCACGCUUCGGCCUGUAGCCAGGCUAGUCUGCUUGUUGUCAAGGUCCUCGUCGCCCACGAUAGAAGCACGCUCGCGGAUAUCGUUGACGUCUAUGGACAAACGCGCAAGGAGCAGCUUCUCAGCAAGAAGUGCCAUGUCCAGCCGACUUUCUUCUCUGAAUGGAAUAACUGGUGUGUCUCGGCGAGUAAGCAGGGGAAGAACUAA